AUGGCCGAAUUCGUACGCGCGCAGAUCUUUGGCACGACGUUUGAGAUAACAAGCAGGUACACCGACCUGCAGCCUGUGGGCAUGGGCGCGUUCGGUCUUGUCUGUUCGGCAAAGGACCAGCUCACCAGCCAGGCCGUCGCCAUCAAGAAGAUCAUGAAGCCCUUCAGCACCCCGGUUUUGUCGAAACGCACAUACCGAGAACUGAAGCUUCUCAAGCAUCUCAGGCACGAGAACGUCAUCAGCCUGAGUGAUAUUUUCAUCUCCCCGCUCGAGGACAUCUACUUUGUCACCGAACUCCUCGGCACUGAUCUCCACCGCCUGCUAACCUCGAGACCGCUCGAGAAGCAGUUUAUUCAAUACUUCCUUUACCAGAUUCUGCGUGGACUGAAAUAUGUCCACUCCGCCGGCGUCGUUCACCGAGACUUGAAGCCUAGCAAUAUCCUCGUCAAUGAGAACUGCGAUCUUAAAAUUUGCGAUUUUGGAUUGGCCCGUAUACAAGAUCCCCAGAUGACGGGUUAUGUCUCGACCCGCUACUACCGAGCACCGGAGAUCAUGCUCACAUGGCAAAAGUACGAUGUGGAGGUUGACAUCUGGAGCGCGGGCUGCAUCUUUGCGGAAAUGCUGGAGGGCAAGCCCCUCUUCCCCGGCAAGGACCACGUGAACCAAUUUUCUAUCAUCACGGAGCUUUUGGGAACCCCCCCAGAUGAUGUUAUCCAGACGAUUUGCAGCGAAAACACAUUACGUUUCGUCCAAUCCCUGCCCAAGCGCGAACGCCAGCCUCUGGCGAACAAGUUCAAGAACGCUGAGCCAGCAGCCAUCGACCUACUCGAGAACAUGCUGGUCUUCGACCCGAAGAAGCGCGUCCGAGCCGAACAGGCUCUCGCUCACCCAUACCUUGCUCCUUACCACGACCCCACCGAUGAGCCGGUCGCCGAAGAGAAAUUCGACUGGUCGUUCAACGAUGCGGACCUCCCUGUUGACACAUGGAAGAUCAUGAUGUACUCGGAAAUCCUCGACUACCACAACGUUGACGCCGCUGCGCAAGGCGAGGAGAACGGUAGUUAA